GUCAACACCCUCGGUGUGUAUCAAAGGUUCAAGAGCCACUGAGUAGUCGACGUCAGCUCACCGAGGAGUUCUGAAGACAAAGGCUCUUCUCAUCCAACAACCACUUCUCACUGAGUACCGCGACUCCUUGUACCAUGCCAUCCUACCUGGAGCGCCUGGAGCGGCUUUCGGUAGAUGUAGGCCAGGGAGCGAAUGACGAACAUGAAGCUUUCAUCAAGCUACUGAAACGCAUCAUCGCAGUCGUUCGCGAGGCCGACAACGCGCACGCACCUGACCUACCGGAGAUUGUCGAAAAGGCCGCAGAGAUGUUCGACGAGGCUGUCUACUGGGCUUACUCUCUUGACGGCGGAUUCGACUAUCUCCCUUCGUUCGCAGACUCGUCGGAGAGUCCGCUAUUAAAGGACUCCCAUGUUAUUACCCUACCCUGGGUUGGCGAAAUACCUACUGAGAUCUUACCUGUCCUCGAAACGAUGACAGGCUUACUCUCCUCGAUGCUCGGUGGCUUCAAUCCACUCCCCGGAUUGAUCAAUUCCCAGCGGCCAAAGGCGUGGCCAGAUACCCCUCAUCCUCACCCCAAGACCACCCGUCUCUCACGGUUCCGCGAGGGCAUCACGACAUCCGUUACGGAUGCCUCUCCACUGGCUCGUACGAUCUAUCAGGCGCGCUGCGAGGUUGCGGCGGAACCCAUCUCGUGCCCCGUCUCCGCCGCGAUCGCUGCCGAUGCCUCUGCGCUCGCGCUCAUCGGUGCAGGCGGGUAUAAAGACCGUGAUCCUAUGUUGAGCAUAUUCCUCCUGGAUGAACAGACUCCGGGUACUGUUCGAGUUGACAGAGAGGAUGACGCGGAGGAUGAUGAGCAGGUCAGUGACGGGGUUGAGGACAAUGAUGAUGAAGAUGACGACGACUACGAGGAUGAAGAUGACGAUGAUGACGAUGACGCCGGGGCAAGGAUCUGCUCCUCUGACUCUGGGUUCCGCUACAUGGCGCUCGAGCCCGGCCUGUCCGAGGUCGCAUACCAGGUCGCGGUCGAUACCCCAAACAGGCUCGCGCUGAUCGCCGACACACACCGCAUCAAGACCUUCUCAUGGGGAGGCGACGUCGCGUUCGGCGGCUGGACACCCGCUCGCGGCGACAAUGUGCACACCAUGAACAGCAAGAAGUACGAGGGCCCCAUCGCCGUGCUCCCAGGCGGCCGCAUCGUGCGCGCCGGCAAGGGCGGCGCGGCGCUCUGGAACCUCAGCACGCUCGAGACGCACCGCGGCGGGCGGCGUGUCGGACGCGGGAAGUUCAAGGUCGAGGACUCAUGGCGCGACGACGGCGGCGAGAUCGAGCGGUCGACGGGCAGUGCCCCGAGCACGACUGUCAAGUUCGCCCAGAAGGGCCUCACUCCCGCGGGGUGGCAUCUGCACGCGCCGAGCGGGCACCUACUGAGCGCGGAGAACUCGCACAGGUCGGAGAAGUAUGGGUGCUACGCGCUCGACUUGGAGGCGGGCGGGAAGAUCGCGUCGCGUUUUCUGGGCCAUGGGGGGAACGUGAACGAUUUUUCGACGAGCACUGGGGAUGCGAAUGCGUUCUUGACGGCGUGCGCGGACGGGUAUGCGCGUUUGUAUGACGUGCGGCACCCGCUCCCGGUCAUGACGAUCGAUUCGGGCAAAUCAAGCGAGUUCUGCGAGGCCGCGGCGCUCGUCCACCCGGAUGGGAUUCCCACCAUUUUCACAGGGGGCUGCCGUUCCCAGAGCAUCAAGACGUGGGACAUCCGCGCGCGCGCGCUCGUGUACGAGCUUUCGACGGGGAACACCGCCGUGCACACGCUCGCGUGGGACGACCGCCGCGCGACACUGUAUGCGGGCACGGAGUGCGACUACAGGGACCGCCUCGGGGGAACGUAUGACUAUCGCGGCGCGCACAUCCCGCGGUGGGCGGAGCGGCACCCUGGGGAGCGUGGUGAGGCGGACGCGGACGCGGGCGGUGAGGCGGGGGCGGACGGGUACGACAGCGCGGAGGAAUCGGAUGGCGAACACUGCUGGCCGAAGCGGGCGCCGCAUGACGAGAAGGCGUUCGGGUACGCGUACGACGCGGGGGAUCAUGUCUUUCUGCGCUACCGGUUCAAGGAGGACGCGGACCCGACGGUGUUGCCUGAGUAUGGCCAGGCUCGGGAGGAGUAUGGAUAUGCCGGGGGUUGGUGAACGGAUGGACUCGACGCAGGUAUGCGCACCUCUGGCUCUGGCUCAUUCAAGAACACACAAGCUGCAAUAUCACUGCGCGAGGCAAAGCGCCGUUCCUGACUUUCCUCUCGUUUGCUAGCGUCAGGCUGUGGUAUUUCUUGUAAUCUGUACUAUGAUGUAGUAACAUUGUACUGUAACAUACGCAGGGGCGACGACCCUGGCGUUGUAUAUAUUAUCG